CUUAUAGGAGCUUCAAGCGUGUUUGGUGCCGCCACACUCCCGCUGAGAUGAAGACGAUCUUCUACAUCGUCAUUGAAGUGGUCAUUGCUCUUCUCUCCAUAUCCGGUAACGUGCUGGUGUGCUGGGCCGUGGCCAUCAACACUACCCUGAAGAACGCCACCAACUAUUUCCUGGUGUCUUUGGCGGUGGCUGACAUCCUGGUGGGUUGUCUCGCCAUCCCCUUCGCCAUCACCAUCAGCAUCGGGAUCCGACUGGACUUCUAUGGCUGCCUCUUCCUGGCCUGCUUCGUCCUGGUCCUGACCCAGAGCUCCAUCUUCAGCCUUCUCGCCAUCGCUAUCGACAGAUACCUGGCGGUCAAAAUCCCCCUGAGGUACAAAGAGCUGAUGACAGGGAAGACGGCCAGAGAGAUCAUUGCUAUUUUGUGGAUCCUGUCCUUCGUCAUUGGGCUCGUCCCUUUCUUCGGUUGGAACUUCAAGUACUCGAGCUGUGGGAAUGGCAGCUCCACAGCGGACAACAAUACAGACAGCGCCCUUCAGGCGGGGUCGAGGGGCGGAGACUUACUACAGAGCUGCAAGCUCCAGUGUUACUUUGAGAGCGUGGUGGACAUGGAGUACAUGGUCUACUUUAACUUCUUUGUGUGCGUGCUGCUGCCGCUCCUCAUCAUGUUGGGCAUCUACAUGAAGAUCUUCACGGUGGCCAGGAUGCAGCUGAGGCAGAUCGAGCUCAAGUGCGUGGCCAACGGGGACAGCCACCACCACGGCCUGCUGCAGCGGGAGAUCCGCGCCGCCAAGUCGCUGUCCAUCAUCGUGGGGCUCUUCGCCAUCUGUUGGCUGCCCGUCCACAUCCUCAACUGCCUGACGCUCUUCUACAGGGAGCUGCACAAGCCCGAGCUGGUCAUGUACGUGGCCAUCAUUCUGUCCCACGCCAACUCGGCCGUCAACCCCAUCAUCUACGCCUACCGCAUCCAGGACUUCAGGAACACCUUCCGCAAGAUCUUGGCCCAGCACAUCCUGUGUCGCAAAGAGGAGCAGUACCUCAGCUCCAACGGCAGCAGGCGCAACAGAGACCAGAUCCGCAUGACCGCAGACCCCCUGCUGUAGAGUCAGCAGUAUUUCCACUUCAUGUUUACAGCAGCAGGGGAUGAUGUCACUUUUAUAUUGCCAAGGACUUCUCUUCUUGUUGUCCGUCUUAUUUAACGCUAACUGGAACAGGACCCAAACUUUGCUAUAUUCUAAAAUGCUAUUUAUUGAUCUUUCGCAAUCAUCCCCGUUACGACUGCAACACUAUAGCGCCAGCGUGCGUGCGUAAUUAUCCUUAUUAUUUAUUACAACAUUGGACCUUUGUGAAUGUGAACAUCAAACGUCUUGGUGAGUCUGAACCUGUACUACUUGCGGCAGUACAAGUACACCACACAAGUACUUGUGUGGUUAGUUUGGAUCAUCCCCCCACCCCCAGGGUUUCCUUUUGUGUACUACAGUGGAACCCGUUUUAAGUCGCAGAACUGGACUUUGCUUGCACAUUUACUUGGUUUUCCUCCAUUUGUACGUAUUUUCACUUGGAUUAUUCCGUUUUUAUAUGAUGUUAUUUUAUACGCUUAUCUCAGCAUGUCUUGACUUCAAUGACAUUCAAGUUUUGUACAUCUUCUGGUGGCUAACAAUGCCAAAAAAGGGUGCAUUCUGUUAGCUGCUGUGGUAGAAUCCAGGAUAAUACUGCCAUGCUUUUAUAUUGAAGCUUACUUUGCACUGAACAGGAAGUCACUGUGAACAUUGCAAUGCUGUGUAGCUAACAUUAGUCUAAAUGGACCCAUUUUUCAUAGAAAUGACGCCUUUGGCUCUCAAAUUUUAUGUCUACAAAAGCCCCCGACCAUUUUUGUCAAUGUAAGCGGGCACAUAGCGGACCAGGACUUGAGUCGGUCGACAUAGACGGGUUGUCGACUUCAACGGGUUCCACUGUACUGAAGUUGAUAGUGAGGCCUUGAAAGCAGAGAAUGGGUGUUGUAUCUUGAUGUGCUUCCUUUGACCACGUGUAAGGAAAAGGUAUUUGUGUCUCCUGUACGGACUUCAGUUUGACCAUGCAGUUCUGCAGCCAGGGGGCUUUUGUAACCCACACGUGACGACACGAGCGAUGUAGUUUGGGAAGACAAGUGCUCGCUAUACAGACGUGUGAUUCAUCUCACAUUUGAUCCCGCUGCUACUAAAUUGCAGUUGAUGUGCAAAAUGGGAUUGGGAAAGGGUCAAUUGUCCCAUAAAUGAGUUGAGCUGUUAUUGGCUCUUUUUUUAAGCAAUAGAUCCUACAUUUACACCAGUAGUGUCAAAACAAAAAAAUGAGCAAAGACCAAAGUUCAUAAUAAUACACUUUUUCAGCUAUAUCAUUUUUAUUAUUAUUGGAAAUGUACAGCACCCACGACCCUAAUUAGGGUAAGCCAAAGUCGACAUCAUGGUGCAGCUGCAAGGCUGUUUUCUAUCGAGUGUGUUCUUAAGGCAGGGUGUGGCCAGCAGCCACGUUCACUCGUGUUACAACUAUUUGAAGAUGGGGCAACGUCGGUUACAUCAUAGGAGCCACACUGGUGUUUAAACUAAAAGGGUGAAGCAAAGUACAGGAAACACAUUUCACACUUGUGGUUUGAUGUCCUUUCCUGUACCUCAUUGGUGGCGGUUAAAUUCUUGAAUUGUGACGUCCCCCCUCCCGUUCCUCCUACCUGACUGAUAUGAAGGGCUAAAAAAAACAAGAGUGCGCUAACAUUCCAGUGGAGACAUGUAUACUGUAAAUGCACUGUAAUCUUGUGUCGUCUUAGUUGACUGACUGUAAAUAAAGUAGAAGUACUGUAGGUGUUACCAACCAUUUAUUUAUUUACAGCUAUUCCGCAUCUGUCACGCUCAUGUCAUCCAGUCUUCACAAACAGGUGCAAUGUGUGUGUUUGCGAAUAAAAGCCAUGUUGAUAAAGGACAGACUUGAUUCCUAAAG